AUGGCGCUUGGUUUGACCAAUGAAGUGGUCCUCCGAGACCACGUGGUCGGACAGAAGGUCUCAGGAGCAUGCAGUUCUGCUGAGGCAGAAGCAAGCAAGAUUCAGAGAUUGUUGCUCAAGGACAUGGGCCAUUGUGUGCCUGACUGGCAUGGAGAGUUUGACUCGGUGUUUAAACCAAUGGACAUGCCAACAGUGUACAAGCAAACGGACAUGGCAAUGUCGAAGCAAGGCUUUGCAAGCAGCAAAGAGAUGGCGAGCGCGGGGCUCGAUCCUCUCUCCGAUUUUGGCGACCUGGCCGGAUGGCAGGAGCAUGGCGGGAUGAUAGAAUGCACAAAGGGGCUGUGGACUGAGCACAUGGAUGGCGAUGGUAUUGCACCUGAGCUCAGAAUGGGGGCCCUGGAGGAGGAGAUGAACCAGCAAGAGCAGCAUGGGAACAGUGCGCUUGCAGCGCAGCAAGCAAAGGAGGCGCACGACGAAAUGGAGUCGUGGCUGCAGUAUCCUGCUGACGAGUCCAUGGACACAGACUACUGCGGGGAGGGUUUUGGUAACCUGCCCGCCCAACCUGUUGCGGUCCAGGCCUACAAGGACAGCUUUGCUUCUGGUCUGACCACUACCCGGUUCGUCCGUGCCAACCCCUUUGGCACCCAGCCUGCGCAAAACGGGGGUCAAACGUCUGCCCGCGCUGCCAACUCAGCAGCCGCGCUCGCCGAAGGCGCUGCUAGGGUUUCAGGGCUUUUGCCAAGCUCCCUCCCAGAGGCCCUGUCCCGGGUGCGUACGCAGGCCCAGAGCACUCCUUGGGUCACCGCCCCGGCCUCUACAGGGCCCACGGCCUCCACUCGGAGCAUGCCUGCCAGCGAGAAAGGGGCGCCGGUCGCAUCCCAGGGGGGGGGUGUCAGCAUGGCUUUGCCCACCCCCCUCCCAAGGCAGCAGGUGUACCCAUCCAUCUUUGACAGGAGUCGGGUAGCGGCAGCUGCUACAAGAGUUGGGGCGGGGACCAAGUUGAAAGCUAAGGAGUCGAAGAAAACGGCGCAGUUGAAGCCAGAGCAGCCGGAGGGAGGGUCUCCGAAACCUGGGGCGACGGAGGGCGCCCCACAGCAAGGACGGGAAACAGGGUUCUGCAGGGUCGCAGAACCCGCAAAACUCUGGGGGGUCUCAGAACCAGGGCGGGUUGAAAAGCCAGGGGGUCGCGCCAAACCAGGGGAGUGA